CUCCUGAACCAACAUGCAAAUCCUGCACACUGACACUGACACCAGGUAAGGGGAUACCCAGCACAUUUACAUCCCUGCACCUGCCCUGCUCUCAAGACCAGAGGCACCAAAAUCCCCCCACCAGCAGCUCUAUAAAGCUCCUCUUUCCAGACCUGACACUCAGGCAACAGCAGACGCUGACCUGUGUUUGGCAUUGGUGCAACAACCCCUUGUCCAGCACAGCACUGCUCCCAGCUCCCAGGAUGGAAGCUUGUCUCUCUCCAGAGCAAUUCAAUGUCACCUCAUACACUGCCACGGCUGUGGCCAUUGUCACCUUUGAGGCGUUUGCUGGCAUGUGGAUAAAUGCUUUCAUUGUUUCUGUGAUUUGCAUGACCUGGAUCAAAAGAAAAACCAUGAACUCUAAUGAGAAGAUCUUGUUGGUUUUGGGGUGCUCCAGGAUUUGGUUUUUGUGCAUCUCUUGGGUAUAUUGCUUUCUCUCACUAAUCUACACCAAUUAUCUUCAUGUUCAUCCCAUAUUUGAACUUGUUGGGAGUGCUCAGAGCUUUCUCAAUUGUUCCAACUUGUGGGUUUCAGCCUGUCUUUGUGUCUUUUAUUGCAUAAAAAUUGCCAAUUUCAGGAACAGCUUCUUCUUCUACCUGAAAGGAAAAAUUGACAGGAUUGUACCCUGGCUCUUGUUGGGAUCAGUGCUUUUCUCCCUGGUCAUGGGAAUCAUUGUCUACGAUACCAUUGAUAAAGCUUUCUGUAAAAACCUCAAUUUCACCAGCCAAGGAAGGAUCUGGAAAGCAAGUAUCAGCACAGAAGAACAUUUUUUCCCCCGUUAUUUUAUCAUUGGUUUUGGAUAUGCCAUUUCAUUCACAGCAGUUAUCUUGUCUGCCUUUCUCCUUCUCUUUUCCCUCUGGAGACACAAACGCAACAUGCAGACAAACUCCAUGAAGGACCUCAGCAUGGAUGCCCACAUCAAAGCCAUGAAAUCCAUUCUCUCCUUCUUCAUAAUGUACAGCAUCAACUUUAUAUGUCUGAUCUUGACUCUCAUUUAUUCAAUGAAGAAUGAACAUGCCAUGAUGCUGCUUCUCCUUAUGUAUGUGUAUGCCUUUCCAGGUGUUCAUUCCCUUAUUCUGAUUUUCAGCAAUCCCAAACUGGAAAACACACUGCUAAGGAUUCUGCCUUGUAGGAAGCUUUGCAUGAGGUAG